UAGUCUCCCCACUCACCAGGGACCCCUGUGCCCAUACUUAAAAGGUUGAGAUUGGGUCCUUGAUUCUGGCACCAAAUUGUAUCCAUCCCAACCCUCAGCCUCCAAAUAAGUUUGCUCGGUGUCAGGUACCACCCCUGCUCCUCCCAGCCCAGCACCCUGUAGUCACGGUGGUUGGAGGGCUCCAGGCCCGAGCGGGGUCCCUGAGGGAGGGGCUGGAGGCAGCUGUGGGCGUUUUGCCGGGGGCGCACACUGCCAGGGCUUUUGUAAGCAUUUAGCGGCCCUGGCCGCCCUCCAGCUGGUGACUCACAGGCCUCGCUGGGCUGACUAGCUGACGGUGCCCAUCCUGACACAUCCCAGCCUGGUGAGGGGUCAGUGGGGACACCAGCGGAGCUCCAGCUCAGUUCUCAGAACCCCCAGGGGGUGUUAGGGGGAGGGAUGGGCUCGGCCAGCUCGGGAGGUCAGCAGACAGCGGCCACCUCCCUGACCUUUCUUGACCCCACUGGGCCACCUUCGAGACACAUACGCACGCGGUAAUGCAUCCAGAUUGCUGUAGCCGCCUCUCCAGCCAGCUGCUCGGCCAGUUGGCAGGAACGGCAGGGGCCGGGGAGGCCUUCCAAGGUCAUCUCUUCCAUUCCCCUGCCUCCAAGAAGGAAAGCCCCCAGGAAGGAAAUACCACAUCCUUUCCUGCAGUCCACUCACAGUGACUCACACCCUUGGUGCAUGGAAAGACUUUCUGGGUGUCUGGGCUCCGUCUCCCCGGCUGGGGGCCCUGUCCAUCUCCUCCGGUUCAGUUCUCACAGCCGUGAGCAUGGGAGGCCGAGAGCUUUGGUCCGAAGCGACCCUUGCCACGACUGCCCCUGGGACCAGAGUGCUGGGGCCCUGGCGCGCCUAAGGUGCACGCGUGGAGGAGGGGAGGGAAGGAGGGGAAAAGGAAAACCCAGAAUGUUUUAAAAAGUGAUUUUCUUUACAUGUGUGUAGAAUGUCACAGCAUACAGAUGACUUUCGGUUACCGCUUCUCCCACUGUCCCUCUAGGCCUCAGUUUUCUUAUCCCUAAAAUGGUGACAGCGAUGGUACCCACCUCCCAGUGUUGCUGUGAGGAUUCAGGGAGAUAAUACACAUAAAGGGCUUAGCAAGUGCCUGGCACGCCAAUCAGCCACCACCAACAUCGUCUUGAGUAGUCCCAUGAAGUGGGGAGGGCAGAUGUGCCGAACCCCAGUUAGCAGAUGCAGAAAGGGAGGCUUGGCGAUUUCAAAGGACAGUCAGUGUCAGGGACAAGAACCUCGGUCACCUGACUCAGAAAUCCAGGACUCUGAGCUCAGUGCCACCAGGUAGGGGGCCCCCAUGUCAAAGGACAGGUGUGCAGCUGUCGCAGGGGCACCCAGCAGAGGAUACAGGCUGGCUCUGUGGGGGGGUGGAUCUGUGCCAUGGUCGUCCCCCACCCCAGACCCUCCGAGAGUGGGGACCGGAACAGCCCUGCAGCCUGGCUUUCCUGAGUCUCCCCAGGAGACAGUUGUAAAGAGAGAGGUUGGCCUUUGGGAUCUCUAGCCUCAUCGAACCCUUGCGUUCCAUUUCCACACACUCUUCUAACCCCUCUCAAGACCUGCUCUGGGGUGGGGCAGGCAGGGUGGGAUGUGGGAACAGAGGGCACCGCGGAGCACGCAGACCUGGGCGUGAAUCCCAACCUGGCCCCUUAAGGCUCCUCGUUAGAAGCCUCCCGGCGCCUUCCUUCGCUUGCUGUGGCCAUGGCUAAAAAGCUGGGUGCCCCUUCCAGGGAUGUUUGCGCAGAGAUGACAGCGAUGAAGGAGGGGAGGGAGCCCAGGCCUGGGGCACAGCCACUAGUGAUGGAGGGGCGAGAAGAGGUGGGGGCAGUGAGACCUACCGAUGUCCCUAGAGCCACUGCCCUUCCCCCACGCUCCUCUGCCUGGGGAUGCCCUCACUGGUGGCUUAAGGCUGAGCCCUGCCCCUGCCAGGGAUCCUGAAUAGAACCAACUCCUCUUCUCCUGCCCCACCUGUGGGGCUGGGGGAAGGCGAAGGGCCCAGGAGUCCCCUGGGGACAUAACCUGUCCUGUGCUGACCAGGACAAGUCUCUGCAGGACACUCCCCCUUGACGGGGCCGCCAGCACCCCUCGCUCCCCACCCCACGGUUGAACUGCUGGGGGAGGUAACUCAGCUCAGGGGAGCACACACUGAGCGAGUGCCUGCUGUGUGCUGGCUCUGCUAGGGCUGGGGAGUGAGACAGGAGAUUAGAGAAGAGUCUUGUGCACGGAGGGGCUUGAAGAGUGACGGGGGUGGCCGACUGCCCCAUCAGGAGGCCUGUCCUGCUCAAAUAGCGCAGCAAGACAGUGGUGCAACUUGGGCUACCGUGGCUGUGACUACACAGGCUAGGGGUUUCAGGGGAACUGGGAAUGAGGGAAAAGAAUGAUGGUACUGCUGUUCCCUGAACCUUUUUCCUGUAGCUAGAUUCUCUGGGCCUCCUAUAGAGGCCUCACCCAGGGUGGGGGACAGAAAGCUGCCCUACUUUGAGAAUCCUGCAUGUUCCAGCUGGAAGGAGGCACCUCUUGGAGUCCAAUCCCUGUUUCAUAGGUGAGGAAAGUGACAUCUCAGAGACGGCCAGUGACUUGCCGGAGGUCACGUGGCAAGUUCAGUGCAGAGUGAGGAGGAGCGACCUGCCUCCCCGCGUCCCUAGUGGUUUCUUUCCACCGCACGUGGACCUAGUUAGGUGAUUAUACCUCCACACUCACACAGGGUGGCACCGACACUGCUCCCUGCGCGCCAGCUCCGGGCCCCUGUGUGUGCUGUCUAGACAGGCGUGCUGGAGUAUGUGACACGGAUGUGAGGGGGGCCAAAGUCCAGGUCCUCGCACCAUGUGGCUGCAUUUUGAAACCUUGCCAUGGCUGCAGGCUGCCCCCUCGCCAGGCUCGCCGUGUGGAUCGUGUUCUCGGAACAGACUGCGCAGGGUCAGCCGUCACUCCAAAGCAUAGAUUCUACUGGCCAGCGUCACUAGGGUCUAGUCUUCCCGCAUUGAAGACAGCACAUCCUAUGAUAACACCCAGCUGUCUGCAGGCUCUGUUCUAAGUAUUAACUCCUUAGCCCUCAUGAUGCCCUUAAGAGACAGGCCCUAUCGCUACUUCCAUUGCAGAGACCCGAAAACCAAGAACGAGGGAGGUGAGUCACUUGUCUAGGGACACACAGCUAGCAGGUGGCAGAGCCAGAGCGUGAGCCCAGGCGGCUCAUUGCGGAGCCACUCUGCCCUGCUGUGGGCAGGGCCUCGGGCGCGGGCCCUCCCGGGGUGGGGUGGAGGUGAGCGGGCUGACGGGGCCGGUCCCGCAGGUGCCUGUGUCAGUGGCCAUGAUGUCGCCGCAGAUGCUCACCCCCCAGCAGAUGCAGCAGAUCCUGUCGCCCCCGCAGCUGCAGGCCUUGCUUCAGCAGCAGCAAGCACUCAUGCUGCAGCAGCUGCAGGAAUAUUACAAGAAGCAGCAAGAGCAGCUCCACUUACAGCUCCUCACCCAACAGCAGGCCGGGAAGCAGCAACCCAAAGAGGCACUGGGGAACAAGCAGCUGGCCUUCCAGCAGCAGCUCCUGCAAAUGCAACAGUUGCAGCAGCAGCACCUGCUCAACCUGCAGAGACAGGGGCUGGUCAGCCUGCAGCCCAGCCAAGCCUCGGGGCCCCUCCAGACCCUCCCGCAAGCCGUGUGCCCGACGGACCUGCCCCAGCUGUGGAAGGGCGAGGGUGCCCCCGGGCAGCCCGCCGAGGACAGCGUCAAGCAGGAGGGGCUGGACCUCCCCGGCGCGGCCACCACCGCUACCUCGUUUGCCGUCCCCCCCAAAGUCUCACCCCCCCUCUCUCACCACACCCUGCCAAACGGACAGCCCGCUGUGCUCACACCUCGGAGAGACAGCUCCUCCCAUGAGGAGACGCCCGGUUCCCACCCCCUCUACGGACACGGAGAGUGCAAGUGGCCAGGCUGUGAGACCCUGUGUGAAGAUCUGGGCCAGUUUAUCAAACACCUCAACACAGAGCACGCCCUGGACGACCGGAGCACGGCCCAGUGCCGCGUGCAGAUGCAGGUGGUGCAGCAGCUGGAGAUUCAGCUCGCCAAGGAGAGCGAGCGGCUGCAGGCCAUGAUGGCCCAUCUGCACAUGCGGCCCUCGGAGCCCAAGCCCUUCAGCCAGCCACUGAACCCAGUCUCCGGCUCCUCCUCAUUCUCCAAGGUGACCAUCUCCGCAGCCGACGCCUUCCCAGAUGGUCUCGUACACCCCCCCACCUCGGCCGCCGCCCCUGUCACCCCGCUGCGACCCCCUGGCCUGGGCUCUGCCUCCCUGCACAGCGGAGGCCCCGCCCGCCGGAGGAGCAGCGAUAAGUUCUGCUCCCCCAUCUCCUCAGAGCUGGCCCAGAAUCACGAGUUCUACAAGAACGCCGAUGUCCGGCCCCCCUUCACCUAUGCCUCCCUCAUCCGCCAGGCCAUCCUGGAAACCCCCGACAGGCAGCUCACCCUGAAUGAGAUCUAUAACUGGUUCACCAGGAUGUUCGCCUAUUUCCGGAGAAACACGGCCACCUGGAAGAACGCGGUGCGACACAACCUCAGCCUGCACAAGUGCUUCGUGCGCGUGGAGAACGUCAAGGGCGCCGUGUGGACUGUGGACGAGCGGGAGUACCAGAAGCGGAGACCGCCAAAGAUGACGGGGAGCCCCACCCUGGUGAAGAACAUGGUCUCGAGCCUCGGUUACGGAGCACUUAACGCCAGCUACCAGGCCGCCCUGGCGGAGAGCAGCGGCGCCCUCCUCGGCAGCCCCGGCGUGCUGAGCCCUGGCUGCGCCAGCAGCCUCCCGCCCCUCAGCCACGACGGCCUGGGCGCCCCCGUGGAGCUGCUGCCCAGCAACGGCAGCAGCAGCCCCCCUCGCCUCUCCCCGCCCCAGUACAGCCACCAGGUGCAGGUGAAAGAGGAGCCAGCCGAGGCGGAGGAGGACCGGCGGCCGGGGCCUCCCCUGGGGCCCCCCAACCCCAGCACCGCGGGGCCUCCAGAAGACAGGGACCUGGAGGAGGAGCUGCCGGGAGAGGAACUGUCCUAAGGGCCUCUAGGGGCAGGCAGGGCAGGGGUGAGACCCCUCCCUCCCGCAACCCAGGCCCCACCCACCCCCACUCCACGCCCCGCCCAACCUCAAGGCACUUCCAGGACUCAGAUGGGGGCUGGGCCAGCAACUCUCCCCCGAGGGGACACAGAACCCCUGGUCUGGGACCGGCAGAGGACACGGAGGGCCCAGACCCCUCCUCAGACCCCCCUGCAUCUGAAUCCCUCCUCCCCCCCCAACCACCAGCAGCAGCAGGGCCCGCCUCCCCCACCAGCUUGCCCCUACAGGGCCCCUCCACGCCAUGGAGACCCGCGGGCGGGGCUAAGCCACCCUCUCACACCCAGGGCCCCCCACCCCUGGCUCUGGCAGUGUUCUCUGGCCAGAGGCCCCCCUUUCCCUAAUCCGUGCUCCCUUCCACCUUCUUGUGCAGUACUGUGAAGAGGUAACUCCACCCCCACUCCUGCCCCUGCCCUGGGCUGGGGGUGGGCGGAGCUAAAGUCUCAGAGCAGCCCCAGAGGGAACCUGCUGCCUCAGCUGUGCCCCUUCAAAAGUCACAGCUUGGGCGGGGGGGACAAGGCAAGUGCCCUGUGGGGAGCGGGGGGGUCCAUGGGAGCAGGGCUGCCCGGCUCCAGGUCUCCCCGGCUCCAGGUCUCCCCCCCCCCCCCCGCCCCACCCGGAGUGAACGGGGCCUCCACCCCUGCCUGCUGGGUGCUAUCCCCCGCGCCAGGGAGCAUAGGAAGAGGCCCGGUGCCCACCUCCUCCACAGAGGCCUGUGCCCAGGGGACUCGUGGAGGCGGGGCCGCUGAUGGCAGCCAAGUGACCCUUGAGACUGGAGUCGGGGCCCCAGGUGGUGCCAGGACUGCAGGGAAGCAUCUGCCUCUGUCUGGGGAAGGGCCAGGCGGCAGCCAGGAUUGAGGGGUGGGUGGGACGCAGACGGUGGCUGCUGUGACCCGACAGGGCGCUCCCACCCUAGCCUUCAGGUCCCCCAUCGCAGUCUUCCCUCACCCGCCCUCAGCACCCCUUCCCUGUCAUCCCUCCUCCCCCACCAGUUACACAGAUGACCAAAGACCUUUCUUAUGCCGGAAGCAAAAACCAAAACUUUUUGUUGGCUUUUUCCUUUGUCGCCUCCCAUACCCCCUGCUCCUCCCACUUCCCUCCCCGGCCCCAGGCUGGAAGCCCUCCCCCACUUAAGUUAUUGUUUUAAACCAAAGUUUACAGUGUCUGUUGGUGGCCAGGACCCUCUCUCUCCACCCUCCCUCCACCCCACCCUGAGGACCCUGGGACUCAGUAGAGGCUGGGGGCCGCCUCUGCUCUUGCCCAGCCUGGGGGAAGGAAAGCAGGCAGAGGGGACGAGGUGGGCAGCCCUUGGCACCCUGCAGGGUUCUCAUCCCCUUGGGCGGGGGGCAUGGGAGCCCUCUUCCCAGCGCUGGGCUGCUUACUGGGGGCUCUCCAGACCCUUCCCUCCAGGACCAAGUCCCCCAUCACACUGGGAGUGUGGAUUCCAGCAAAGGAGCUGGGAAAAAAGUGAGACUCUCCACAGACCCCCUAUGGGGGACCUGCAGCUUGAGGCCAAGCACUGGGUGUGUUUGAUGCUUAUGGCACCCCAGGCCAGGCCCCUUUGCUGAGAAGACUCCUUGGACUGUUUCCCAAGAAACCCCCACACACACCCCUUCACAAGCCACCCCUCCCAAGAGGCAGGGGGCCCUCUGCCCCCUCCCCUGUGUACUCCCCACCUGUGUUCUGUUUGACCAGCACAGAAAUAUUAAAGGUCCUCUAUUC